CGGACUUUUAAAGCGAAAAGAGACACUUGUUGGAUUUAAAUGGCGCCAAAAGCUGCAGCGGAUAAUGAGACUUGAAGGUGAAAUUCAGGUAAGACUUAUUAGCAUAGCCGUCAAACAUUAUCACCCUCAUAGAACCUGAAAAAACGAGCAGACACCGAUCAAAUUCACUCAAAGCAGCAUGAUUUCUUUACAGUUCAUUUAAAAAGAAAAUAUAUGACUUAAGUUUGCGCUGAAACAGUGACUUCUUAAUGGUUUUUAAACAGAAAAGUCUAGUUUACAUGAGCCCUGAAAGUCAAAGAAAGCUAAAUCUGCACCUUUACACCAGAUAUUUAACUACACCUGCUCCCUGACUGUAAUAUUGUCAGGUUUUAUCUUUAAAAAAGCAGUGCUGAGUUAUUAUUUCACCUCUGAUUUAGGAUGACAAACCUCAAAGUCCUUAUAAACUGAUUUAAUGAAGUAUUAGUCUGCUGAAUCCUGUUUAAAAUGUAGAGAAAUCUAACAUUAACUUAUAUAUCUUCCAUACUUCUCUAUCCACACUUUAUUAGCUGCACCUUUUAUCCCCAAAACAAGAUUAUCCUAUUAUAAUCUCUGUGUUUUUAUGUCUGGCAUCAUGUCUCUUAUUGUAGUGGCUAUAAUUAGUAUGUUGAAGGUGCUGGCAGGUGCACUUAACUUAAUAUAAAUCUUCUACUAUGAACAAGUGAUUACAAAUGUCAAGUAAUACUGCAGUGACUUACAAAAGCCCUAUUUUUAUCCAUAGAAAAGUUUUAAACCUACAUCACAGGUACAUUUUGAUGUUAAGGCCUAAAGAGAUGCAUCCACUUCACAAACCUGUAGUACAUUCCUUGUGUCCCUCCCUGAGUAAGCGAGCUCAGAAACCUGUAAAUCCCUUCAUCCUGUUUCCACCACAUGCUGUCAUCACUGAGGUCACUUACUCCUGUCCUGUCCUGCACUUACGUAACACGGAGCAGGCUGCUUCUGCCCAGAUUUAGAGGUAGAUCAGUUUGGAGGUAAAGCCCCAUUCACUCUUUAUCCAUUGAUUGAUUGACAGUUUAUCGUCUCACUGAGUCAACUUGUUUACAGACGAUCUGAUUAUUCAUCAUAUAAAACAAAUAAAGUCUUCUGAAGAGGACAAAGUUUACACUUAACAAUGAACUCAGUGUCAAUUAAUCUGUGAUUAUUUAUAGAUGUUCCCGUCUAUAAACCGCCUGAAAGGAAAAGUUUCAAACUUUUUUGUUUUCUAUGAUUGGUAAAAAUCUUUACAGUGAGGCUCCUGUGAGGAGUUUUAGCAGGUAGUAAAACUAGAUGACUGAUGCCUCUUUGUGGACAAACCAAAUCAUCAUCCAAAAGGACUCAGAUGCUGUAAAAUGUUGUCGCAGGAAACAAAAUGAAGCAGGAUGAGAUUUUGGGUCAAAAUCAAGGAGAGAAGAGGGAUCACUUUGUCCACAGGGUGCCAAAAUUGAUGCAAACUAAAAGUUCCUUACUAGAGCUUUACGUCCAUUUAAACAUUUCUCAGUUUGGCUUUUCGACUAACCGUUGGUUCUGAAUCUGGGAUCAGGGCUCCCCUCGAGGAAGUGGUAGAGAUCUCAGGUGGGGCACAAGGCUUGUCUGCUCUUAAUUUGUGACGAAAAAACUUAUAGUCACAUUAACACUCUUGGAUAGUUUAUACAACUAUGUAGAUUUAACUGCGUAAAAAGGUUUUCCUUAUUGUUUAAACAGAAAUGAAAAAAAACUUGAAACUGAGCACACCUUGACGCGGCUAAACACAACAUCUACAGUUAAACCUUGUGAAAUUGUUUUGCUGAGUGUGGCUAACAUAAGCAGAAUAAGCACCAUCACGUUGUUACCGUCAAGUAAAUUUAUGUGAGUUUGAAUCGACACAGCCUGAACACAACUUUAUCUCCGUUUGCUGUGUUAAAUUACAGCCAAACCACGCUGUGUUAGGAGAUGCCAUCUGUUGUUUUUGCCAGUUUACUUCCUGGUGGGACAGAGUUAGAGCAUUAUGGCAGUAACCACUGACAAGCUUAGCAAUAACAUAUGACCAGCAUUCUCAGCUUUCAGUAAUAAAAGUAACUAUUUUGAUGGAUUCGUAAUACUGGUGAUAAUGUUUGUUUCGUCCACUAAACUUUCUCUAAUGAAAGUGUCAAUCUUAAUUUCCUCCAUGAAAACUUCUUUAACUGUUUGACACAUUUUCUUCUUCGCACCACAUGUUUAAUUUCACUUUACAUGAGGCGAAAACCACGACUCCAAUCACUUUAAUAUCCAGUUCACACACGCACGUUUUGGUCGUCCCGCUGAGGUCUUUGUCAGCAUCUUUUCAUGUUGUGUCACUGCUCUCUGUCUCAGGGUUGUGUUCUCUCCGUCCGAGUGUCAGGCAGCUAAAAACAUUCCCUGAAAACCAAUUAAGCCGAGGUUGGUAAUCCUCUGCCUGCAGGGCGUGUUGGUGUUGCUUACAGAAGCAAAGCAGGAGUAGCAGCACCAGUGAAUCAUCCUGUUUUCUGCACGACAAAGUUAUACAUUUAUUUAUUUACUUAUUUGAUUAAACUGCAGCCUGUGUAACUAAAAUAUUUGUGACACAUUCACAUUUAAAUAUUUUGUUAUGCAGUUUGAAUCGGCCUACAGGACUCAAAAUGUCACUAGUAUUAUAAUGUUGCUGUAAAAUAUAUUUGCUCUUGCAUGUUUACAGGAUAAGAUUGGAGCAUGAUGUAGGUUGUUGUCACUGUUUAUGAGCGUCUCAAAGAGAUAUCUGUUUAUGUGCUUUUAUUUUGAUGCCAGCACUUUACUCAGACUAAAGAAAAUUUGCAAAAGAGUUUAGAAACAUGCAACAAAUCCCCCUCCUUCAUUAAAAACUCUCUCAUGUGUUUGUCAUGAUGAUAGAUGUUCACUGGUGUGUGGUUGACAUGAAGAUCCAGAGUGAUCUGGCUGAGGAUUGAGGACAUACGUAGGGAAUCCUUGCAGUGUUUUAUGAAGCGACAGCUCACCUCUGUUAGGUAACGGGAUUACUCUGAGUCCCAUCUCGCCUCCUGCUCUGCUGAGCCCGUCGAACACGUUUGUUGCUCAGAAUACAGCUCUGCAGUAAAAGAAACAGACAUUAAACUGAACUCGAAUAAAGAGCAGAGUCCUCAACUGGAAGUUAUAGCGCGCUAUCAUUUGAAGCAUGUUUCCAUCUUAAUUAGGAGUGAAAAAGAGAUAGUAAUUAGUUAAUUUAUCUAUUGGCAGUAACUUAAAGAGGGAAUCUUUAAGAUCCAAUUGAAGGUAUAUUUUUGGAGAACAAAACAGCAUCCUGUCUGAGAGUUUCGAGACCUUUUGUCGUCUUUGGAUGUACACAUGCUUUUAAGGUGUCAUCGUCUGUCGUCAUCGAGUUUUUCUCUCACAAGGAUCAGAAAAAAAUACUGUAGCUGACCAACUAUUAUGACUGAUGGGUGGCUAUUUAGUUUCAUUAAUAAAACCAAAGAAUACAGCUACAUUAUUCACCUUAUUUAUGUGUAAUUCAACAAACACAAGAAGUUAUGAUAGAUGAUAAACACCUCAACAUGCUGAUCUAGAAAGACUUGAAUCAGGAGCAAAAAAACAUGUUGGCUGGUUCUCUCUCCCCAGACAUGAUGGGUCUCCUUUUAUAUCCAUGGACCCUCUGCAGUCUCACAGUGGUGUCAGUCUUGUAUCUUGUGCACAUAAGAUAAUGGGUUACUUUGUUGGUGAUUGUGUGUUUGAAAGAAAAGUUUCGAUAAAUAACACUUUCGUUGAAUCGUUAUUUCACAGAUCAACAGUGUGUGUGCACAAGAUAACUCGCGGGCACUAGUCAGUUGUCUUCUUGCAUGAAAAGCAUCAUGAAUUAUACACCCAAAUAAAAUCACCUGUGCACAGAAAGUAAGACUAAGUUGUGUUUAAGCUGAAAGAGAUGAUAACUUGUUUGUGAUAGUUGCUUGUAUGCACAGAGUAAUGAUUUAAUAACUGUUUUGUGUGCAUAUCAUGGUAAACGGAAAUGCUAAAGUAAAAUAAUCUUACAGGACAGGGGUAGAAUACUUCAAACAUGUAUUAAAAACAGGAUAUUUGGAUUUUAUGGUCAUAUUCUUGGCUAACCGCCUCAUCCUGACAUCACAGGGACUUUUUUGCAGAUUGCAGAGGAUCUCUCUUCGAACCAGCUGAUAACAACACCAAGAGGAGUCUGACCCUGAAAUGGAUUCUUAUGGGCCGUCACUAAACCGCAGUCAGUCUUUGGCGAGUGGUCUGGAGAAAACGUCACCUACGUGGAACAAACCGUCUCACUCACGGAGCAGCAGCACCCUGUCGUCUCGACACUCUCGACAGGUGAGGGAAAAAAAGUCCUGAAAACUGACAGAAGAAAAAAAACAAGUUUUUACUUAUUUGGGGAUAGAGCCGGUCUAGAAAGAGGUGUGACUAAUUUGCAGGUUUUGUGUUUGCCUUUUUAUUAUCAAGUAUAUAGUGUUAAGUUUAUGCAGGUAAAGACUGAUGAAAUAGACCAACUCUCAUUUUUUCUCUAGGGGUAAGAAACAUCAAAAUUCAGCCACCGAUCCAGUCGUAGGCUGUGCAAACGAACAUUGAUAUAUUUCUAUAAUUCUUUACAAGAGUAGAAAAACAAGUAAUCGAGUUCACACGGUGUGCAGUUUUUUUCAAUCUACAAACAAACAAAACAAAUGAAAAUUAAAGUUCUAGACUUUCCUUGAAGUUCCUGUGAGUAGCUUUUUGUCUGUGUGGGUCUCAGCGCCCCCUGUGGGCACAGUAGGACCUCUUGUCUCUUUGCUGAUCUUGUCCUGAUCAUGUGAAAGAAUAGUUUUCCGUCGAUUUCUUUUACUCGCUUGAAACAUCUUUUGUAGAAAAGUAGAAGACUGUUUCUUCAGCGACAUCUACCCCUCACAGCAGCUCCAGACAUUAGGAACGACAUUCAUGGAUUCGUCCGUCUCAUCGCUGAUUAUCACGUUUGGUUUUGCUGUUUCAUGACCUGCUAAAAACUCCUCACAAGAGCUUUAAACUUGUUUAUAGAUUAUCAAAGAUUGGGAAGUGAUUGACGACCCUCAUGGAGAAAUGCACACAGGAGUUGAAAACCCUCACGACGUCUCCACGCCGGGUAUCUGUGAAGGCUACCUGCACAAAAGGAGGAAGUGGCCUUUGAAAGGUUGGCACAAGGUGAGAGAUGGACACACUCUGUAGUCGCCCUGUAAGGACCGAUGAUAUUUGAAAGAUCAUUCUUAAAAUGUGUUGGUUUUUUUCAGAGGUACUUUUUCUUAGAGGCAGGGGUCUUGCGCUACUGCAAAAAUCAACAUGACGUAAGUAAACAUUAAAUUUAGAAGCAGGAUUUUCUUACUUACUGUGUUACAACAACAUCUAAAUCACCGUUUUAAACAUCCUCUCUGCUGAAGGUCCCCAGAGGAAGAGUCCAGGGCUCUUUAGACCUCAGCCUUGCAGUGAUGUCCAUAAACAAGAAAUCAAAUCGGAUUGACCUGGAUGCUGGAGACAUCAUCUAUCACAUGAAGGUAACCAUAACCCUAAACAGGUUUUUCCCCUAUUGAAAGAAAAUAGACGAAAUGCACCUUUUUACAUUUCAAAUUCUUCCUGUUUUUUAUCGUGUGGUGAAGGCAAAGAGCCACGACCUCUUCUACAUUUGGGUGACCAAGCUCCAAGCUCAUCGCUUGUAUAAGAAGAAUGAAGCUGCACACGUCCACAGCGGCUUCUUCUGUUCACUGUCUCACAGCGCUGGGAUCGGACAGUCUCAGACUAACGGAGAUCUGGUGACUAAAAAUAAACAUUCAAAUCAAACAUGGUGGUAGAAGUACAAGUACUCAAAUAAGAUAAAGAUACUUGAUUUUUACUUGUUUCAUUUUAGAUCUACUCUGUAGUUCUUCCCCUCAGAUAUUUUAUCAUUACUUUAUUAUGUUUGUCUGACAACUUUUUCUACAAGUUUCUUCAGUUUCAGUUAUUACUCUGUCCUUACAAGUUGAUUUACUGAGUGUGUUUGUGUUUUUCUCUCUCUGUGUUCACAUUAUCAGAGCUCUGCAGGCAGGGCAGAUUCAGCUUCAGCUUCAGGGGUACUUCCCUCCGCUAACACCGCUGUGAACACCAAAGUGUCUGCCUGGCUGCAGCAAAGUCACGACCCAGACAUCUGCAUCCAAGGUAAUCGUCAAAAUCACAAAGACGUAACGCUCAUAAGGCGGUGGAGGAGUCUCAGAGGCUGGGAAUCACGCCUGUGACUGCUGCUUUGUGGCCUCUGAAUAUAAAAUAAAUAAAUAAAAAACACACAAUUUCACUGAGUUAAAAAUUAAUAAAUUAGUAAAAGAGAGUCCAAAUCUGCAGAAAAGUUAAAAAAUGCAAAAAAAUUUGGAUUUUACUGGAGUAAAACUUCCAGUUGCAUUAUGGGUGAUGUAGGCACCAUGACUAGGUAAAUGAAUGCAAAGUGAGAAUGGUACUAUCACUUAUCCUGCUGCCAUGACUGCAAUCAAAACAGCUAUUAAGGGCUUGACAAACAGUUUUUUGUGUGUUAAGUCAUCCUUCUUUGCAUUUCCUGGAAAAUAUGUUUUCACACUGAGAUAUUUAUUCUGUAAAUCUAAACUCAAAACUUCCUAAAAUCAGAUUUUUUCUCAGUCUAUUAGAAUGAAGAUAAAACAGGUCAAACGCUCUCGUAGCUGAGUUCAAACUGACCGCCUGUUUUGUUGGGUUAAAUGCAUCUCUGGAGUCCUGUCUGGUUAAUCAAUCACAGCCGUGCGUUAAAAGACUAUUUCUUCUCAUGUUCCAGAGCUGAACCGAUGCCAUGUUGACCUUAACGAGCUAAACCGCCUAAUCCAGAGGCUGCAGACGUUGGAGGCGGGCCAGGCUUUCACUAACGGGGACCUUAAACGGAUCAUAAGCACUCAUGUACGCUUACUGUCCACUUUGGAGGAGCUAAUUUAAGUGUUUCGAUCAAAACACUUUUUAGUUUUCAGACAGAUUUAAAACUGUUCAGAGAUUUUUUUUUUCUGUUCUCAUCUCUUCAUGAAUCCAGAAUCUGUCUCUUGAGAAGCCAAAGAAGCAUCGGUCAGGGAAGAUUUGGGGUCACUCUCGCACACUGUCCAGAGUGGAGGCUCUAGGAAUGGCAAGUAUAGAAAUCACAGACUUACAUGCCAACAACAUGUGAAUUACAUGAUUUUAAACAUUGAAAAGUGUUUAUCCUUUAAAAUCAUGAAUGACGUCUAGCUUUUGUUGAUAUAUUUUCUCUAAAAUAUUCAACAUCCCAACCCUCCAUUAACAUUUUGGGCCUUUCUUUAAUCCAAAGCCUAUUCGUGGGAUUACUAAAUCGGUGAGUUGGCUCAUGAGCAGAACUGAAAUCUGAUGUUCUCAAUUUAAACUCUGAGGCAGACUGCCGUCCUGUAAAUAAACCCUCAUUGUAGAACGAAACCUAAAACAGACAGACGAUGUUAUUCGAAGAUAUUUGGUACAUGUGUUUGUUUUUAUUGAAAUCGUUGUUUAUGCUCCACUGUAGAACUUAAUUUGGCUUCCAAAACACAUUCGUACACCUGAGAAUUUAGUUUUCCCCACUGAAUAGAGCGUAGUGAUGAAAUGGUUUCUGUUAAUGGAAGAUUUUAGACGUGAUCUGUGUGACUUUUUUAGUUAGUUAGUGUUGUAUGACUGUUGAGUGUUUUCUGUCUUGACUAAACGUGAUUCAGAAACUUGUGAUGUCUAGAGAACAAUUUUGAGCUGCAAAAAAACUCUCCAGAUGUACGUUUGGAGGUACACAAGCUGUGAUUUACUGAUGGUUACACAAAAAGGUAAAACAGUCAUAAUAUUUCUGCAUCAGAGAGAGGUGGAUAUCAUAACUCAGCUGUAGCAGGUGAAGAUUUCUCACAUUAAGCGGUUAUUCAUCCGUCUGUCUUCACUGUUUCCACCUUAUAGCUUUCCUCCAGUCACCUGAGCAACUCCUCUCACCUCGGUACUUCAGUCCCCUCCAUCCCUGACUACGUCUACUCCCAGCUGUGCCCUUCUACGAUCACACUGACGCCCGAGGGCAAAAAGAUCCACCAAGACAUCUGUGCCACAUCGCUACGAGGUCGGAAAUAAAGACGCACGCACGUACAAAAGCUAAAUCCGAGACCGGGCCUAAAAUGGAUCUGAUCAGAUAAAACCUGAAGGUUCUCUGUCCUCUUUUGUCUCCGCAGUGUUUACCUCCCUGAAGACAGUGCAUGAAGCGCUGUCCCAUGAGAGGCAGAAGCUGCAGGAAGUCUGGGGCACCAACAACAUCCAUCAGUCGAACGCAUUAGCAGAGGUAAGCCUGUAAUCUGGACUCUGUGGGGCCUGCUCCUCCUGUAUUUGAAGGCUGAUUUCUUCUCUUUUUUCCUCGUCUCUUUCACCAGCCUGUAGAUGUGAGGCGUUCGUCUCACAGGGCUCCUUCAGUCGCGGACUCGGCUGCAGAGUAUUUUGACGCCAGCGAUGACAUCCUGUGUUGUUCCUCCGAAGCUUCAGAUGAAUCUGGACUCAGUGACGGGAGCACGACCAACUCUGAGCCCGAAGAAGGACAUGGUGGGUCCACGUUUCUUAAAUACAGGACUUUCAUUUGUUUUUAAAAGUCAGCUCUUCAUCCAGGACAACACACCGAUCUCUGGCUAAACCUUUGACUGUCUUUGCAGUUUCUGCCACCAGGAAGUACCGAGCGAGCAUUUCCAAGUCUCCUAACAGUGUCAUCCCCAAGAGCACGGGACGGAGAACCUCACUACCUGCUCAGUGUCCCGACAACAGCCACGUAGGCCUCAUGGCUAUCCUCUACAAUAACAUCGGUAAGAACAUAUCGACAAGCUGCAUCACUUUAAAACACCACAGAUGUAUUUUUGAACCCGCUGCAGUUCCUUAAAGCUGGUUUGUCCUCAGGUAAAGACCUGGCUCGGGUGUCCAUGCCCGCCGCUCUGAACGAGCCCGUUAACCUGCUGCAGAGGCUGUGUGAGGAGCUGGAGUACAGCGAGCUGCUGGAUACCGCAAACAACACCGCAGACCCCUACCAGAGGAUGGUAAGACUAUUCACGCUCGAGUUUGUGACCGAUAAGACUGAGAGGAAACGAUGUCGGAUUUGUUUUAGCGAUGGUGAUAAAUCUAGAUAUUAAUUUUUGUGGUUAUGUCCAAAAACAGAUCAAAUUUUGUCAUGAUUUAAAGUCACAGUGCACCAAAUGUCGUUCCUGUGUCGAUUUCCUUCAGGUUUACAUUGCUGCCUUCGCUAUCUCUGGUUACUCCACCGCCACGUUCAGAAACCGCUACAAGCCCUUCAACCCGGUGCUCGGGGAGACCUUCGAGUGUGUGAGAGAGGACCGGGGUUUCCGCCUCAUUAGUGAGCAGGUACUUCAGGAGGAACCGUCAAAGGAUCUUCUUUAUUUGACAUCACUGACAGCCUUUGAGAGCUUCGAGUGUCCACGACAGUGAAGCAGGUUGAUUAAACAGACUGUCUUUACAACAUGGUGGAGGAUUACUUUUGAGUGCCAGUAAUCUCCUCCUGCUAAAUUAUGAUAAAUCACCGUCUCAUGAAGCUCAGCCUGAAUGAUUUAUUACUUUAAUAAAGUUACAGCAACUUAUUAAUGUCAGGUCUUUAUAUAUUAUUAAUGUCCUGGAAACUUCAGGUGGUCAGAUUUCAAGGAUUUAAGGAACUUCAUUUGUUAUACUUCACAUCUUUGACAGUCUGUGGUACGAAAUUAGUACCCAGGUCUGUUUCCAAGAAUAAAAAUACAAUAUAAUAAAUAAAAUAAAAUAGCUCUGUUGGACUGAAAUUGCAUAUGAAAGCAGCGCCUUGGUUUAUAAAGAAAUUCAUAAACACGAUAUUCGUGAUAUAAAUGUUAUCACAGUGCGUAUUUCCAAACCCAUGAGGAAUAAUGACUAAAAUGUUAAACUUUUAAAUCCAUCCUGCUUCAUAACAAAGAUGUUAGAUGUUCAUCUUCGGUACUUUUUUACCUCUUAGUUCCUGGCUCUGCUGCUCUCUCUUGGCAGUAAAAGUACUUAAUAAAAACGAUGAAUAAAAGUAUCUGUUGUACCUCACCAGGUGUGCCACCAUCCUCCCAUCUCCGCCUGUCACGCUGACUCAGACAACUUCAGCUUUUGGCAAGGUGAGCUCGUCUCUGCAGGUCCGCCGUGGCCUCUCUCUCUUUUGUUCAUCAGAUGUUUUCUUCUUUUGAACGCUCGUCUGUUUUGUUUCACAGACCAGAGAUGGAAAAAUAAAUUCUGGGGGAAGUCUCUGGAGAUUCUGCCCACAGGAAUGGUGAAUGUCACUCUUUCAAGGUAAACCCUCAACACAUUCAGAUGCAUAUUAUCAUUCCUAAAGAAGGUGUUCACAGAGAGAUGUUCUGUGUUUGUUUUUUUUCAGGUAUGGAGACCAUUACGAGUGGAACAAAGUAGUGACCUGCAUCCACAACGUCCUCAGCCAGCAGCGAUACCUGGAGCAUUAUGGGGAGGUCACUAUUCGAAACCUGAAGAGCAACGCGUGCACCUGCAAGAUCACAUUUGUCAAGGUAACAAUCGUCUCUUUCUUCUAAGUGGUUUAUUAAAGGUGACUUUGUUGUGUUUGGUUAUUUGACGUGUGUUUUUUUUGUAGUCUCGUUACUGGGGUUCGGAGACAAACAAGAAUGAGGUGCAGGGCACGGUGCUCGACCAAAGCGGGAGCGUGAUCCACCGGUUUGGAGGUCUGUGGCAUGAAGGCAUCUUCUGUGACACUCUGCCGACUCCAAAGUGCGUCUGGAAACCAAGUGAGUCGUCAUCAUCACAAACAGACAGACUUGUUUCCAAGCAUGUGCUGAUGUCUUUGGUCUGGGACUCUUGUUUAGAGGUUGAAGGUUUAAAUGUAAGUGAGGUGAAACGAUCCAACGCUGACUGACGCCAAAACUGCUAAUCAGCAUAAAUCCAGGAGUCACGUUUUCGCGGCGACAGAUCACCUGACGGACUCUCACUCCACAGAUCCCAUGCCAAAGGAUUACCUGCUGUACUACGGCUUCUCCACCUUCGCCAUGGAGCUGAAUGAACUCCCCCCGGACCUGAAGCCUCUCCUGCCUCCUACAGACAGCCGCCUGCGCCCAGACCAAAAGUGAGUGGAAAGAUGCACGACAGGGGGCGCCAAAGUCAACACAAACUGAACAAGAGUUUAAAUAUUAAUCUGUUUGUGCAGGUUACUGGAGGACGGAUAUGUGGAUGAAUCAGACAGAAAGAAAGAUCAUAUCGAGGAGUGUCAGAGGGAGCGAAGGAAAGAGCUGGCGAAGAAAGGAGAGGAGCACAUCCCACGCUUCUUCAAGUGAGUCAUUCAUACUCCUCGUAAUGCAGAAUGAUUACAGACCAUGAGAUGUUUGGUGACUUUUUAAUCCUUCUGCCACAGAGAAAAAACAGAUCAAACCUCUUAUUUAAACGAUGAACAAUAUAGUCGACAUAGAGGUCGUAUGUGUGGAUCAUCACAGUGUAACAAGAUCCUGAUUCUGACAUUUUUGUACAGAAAAAACUCUGAAAAUAUUCGGUUAAAUAUGAGCUCAGACUUGUCUUAUUUUCUCAGUGUAGUUUGACAGAAAGGGGUUAAACUCUGUUGAUAGUAUUUACCAGAGGCAAGCCCCCUGGCCAGUAGGGGGCCACCAGGAGCAAUAAACAAAUAUAUAUAUAUUAUUUGUUUCUUGGAUGAAUGAGUGAUGCUUUCUGUAUGAUCAGAUAUAGAUUAUUGUAAAAAUAAUUAUUGUAAAAUUAUCAUGGUAAAAAGUAUUCUUAUGCAUGGUCUGACAUCACAUACAGUUGAUUUUCAAUGGCCAACAUCAAUAACACUUUGAUUAUAACGACAAAACAAUUGAUCAAAACAAAAACAAGGGAAUCAAUUAAAUUAGUAAAUAUCCCAUACAAGUAUAUUUUUAGCUCAAAUCAAUUAAACAUUACCAUCCAGUUUAAGUUUCAAGAGCAUAUUGACCGGUUUUUUUUUUUGCAUUUGUACAUCUUUUUAAAUUGACGAGUAUCCGUGCAGCCUUUCAAAUCCUGAAGUUGUGGAUUAUUACCUAGGCCACCCCCUUAAAUGUGUAAAGACAUGUCAGACGCUUUAAAUUUAUACUGUAGUAGGUGUGUGAAUGAUCAACAAUCAAUAUUAUUGGCAGAAAUAGAGGGCCCAAAUAAUCAAAGUUUGCUCAGGGCCCUGUUGAGGCUCUGGUUUUUACCAAACAGUAGUGCAUUAUCAGAACUUUUAAAGUUUUAUUUUCGGCUCCUUUCUUCAGGAAAUCCAAAGAUUUGUGCGGACGGGACGUGUGGGUGACGAAUGGGACUUACUGGAAGCUCAGAGAGGAUCCUGGUUUCGCUAAAACUACAAACAUCACUCUGUGGUGAUGAGGGACGUCGCAGGAGAGACGAGACGGAUCAGGAGAGGAGGAGCAGAGGAGGACAUUUGGACAGCAUGUAUGAACCGCUCUGUGCAGAGUGGAGACAGUGCUGCUGAUCUCUCCUCCUUCGUUCUGUUCACCGUGACUGGCUCAUGGGAGCAGACAGUUUAAGGUAAAAUUACCCAGCAUUCAGUGCAGGUAAAGAACUAUAGACAGAACUUCCUCAUUACUCUGAAAUGUGUUUCAGAGUUUGUUUAGGUUACUUUAUAGACAAAUUUAAGUUAUAUAUUUGAGAAUCUCUGCUGGAAGUUCUGAAUGUGUGACGCAGACGGAUGAGUUUUUAAAAGAACAAACUCUUUAGUUUUGAAAUGUUUCACAGAGGGAUUAGUUUGAGUUUGGACUGUUUUUGGAUUAUUGAAUGUUAACGCUCAGUCAAAUCAUGACCCCACUAUGGAAGCCCAAAGCGGACAUGCACCCUCAAACCUUUUAGCCACUCGGUUUUUCAGUGAUAACGAGUCGAUUUCAGUCGUACGUAAAAAUAAAGAAGGA